AUUUAAACCAAAGUUGUCAAUACCUUAUUGGUAUACGUAUCGAUUUUGUUACUAGAAUGAUAUGUGUUAGAGGGGUGGAAAAAGAAGAACGACAGAACUCUAUCUCCCGAUCGUUGACGAUCUUCGAUUCAACAAUCUUCAUCAACCAUGCUAUUGUUCGUGAGCGUGGUGGUUUAGCUGGAAACGUCGAAGAUGGGGGGCAGAGGCCGACCGAGAAAGAAAGACCCGUCGCGAAAGGUGGUGCUGCAACAAAACCAAUAGAUCUGAAAGAUGAUAAUGGGGAGCAAAAUAGCAUCUCAGUUGAGAACAAAGAGCAAACUGAGGUUGUGAAGCUUGUUCCUUGCGAUCCAAACCAGAUGGGGCUCGAAAUUGAGGAAUUAGGGCGUUUGAGUCUAGAUCUAGGGGAGAAAAAAGGGGACGUUGAAGGAAUUUUGCUAGAUCUAGCAGUUUCAACGCAAGGCCAGAGGAAAAGCAGAUUCGAUGCUGGGCCCAGGGAUGGAAGAGUAGAUAAGGGGAAGAGCGAGGCCGGCCCCGUGGAAGGGAAAGUAGCGAAGGGGACGAAGGGAGUGCGCUUGGAGACUCAGCCUUCUGUCAUCCAGAUGAAGCAACCUUCUGGUGAAAAGGGCGCUGGCUCUACAUCCGGUAUGGCGAUGUCUCCUAAUGCCCGGUGGAGUGACCUGAUUGAGAAGGAGAAAAGGGAAUUUCAACCAUCCCUAAAGCAGAAGCCACUGCGUAGUUGGGCUUCGGUUGUGGAAGGGAAUAGGGAUAUCAGUAAAGGAUGGGAUUUGCAAUACAUAAAACCUCAAGAUCCAACUGGUGCUGUGGUUAUUAUUGAGGAUGAGUGGGAUAAAGGGUCAAAGAUUUGGGAGAAUGCUCUUGUUGGGUAUGUUCUGGGAUAUAAACCUGAUUUUAAGGAUGUUGCUAAUUUUGUGAAUAACAGGUGGAGGGAAUGCCAGGUGCCUAAGGCGUUUAUGCUGCGAAAUGGAGUUUUCUUGUUUGAUUUUGGUAAUGGAGAUGCAGAGCAAGCGGUGCUAGAGAGGCGAUGGACAUUUAAUGGGCACCCUUUGAUUUUGAAACAAUGGACUCCAGAUUUUGAUCCUGACAAUUUGGAUAUCAGUAAGAUUCCUGUCUGGAUCCAAUUUCUUGAACUCCAUUUGAGUCUUUGGAAUCUUGAGAGCUUAGGAAAGCUAGCAAGCUAUGUGGGAGUUCCUAUUGCAACUGAUGCAUUAACAGCUAAAAGGCAAAGAGUGGCUUAUGCUCGUAUGCUAGUAGAGAUGGAAAUCAUGGACACUCUGCCCCGUGUAGUUCCUAUUAUUGGUCCUAAGGGUGUGUUCCAACAGCCUGUGGUCUUUGAAUGGGAGCCUAUCAGAUGUGGUAAAUGUAGAAACCUGGGGCAUGAAGAGAGAAACUGUACUACUAAGGAAAAAAAGGUGUGGGUUCCAAAAAAACCUGCCGAGGAGCAGGUGGUCAAUCAGAUAGUUAGCACGAAGUCUUCUGGGGGGAAUGAUGAAUUAUGUGGUGGUGAAGUGCAAACUGCUACUAAUUCAGCAAAUGUGAAGCAGAGUACACUUUCAUGUCCAUCUGGAAAGCUGCUAGUGGAAAGCAAUGAGCAAAGUCUAGUGCAACUGGAAGUGGGAGCUAUGAAGUCAGUGCAUCUACAUAGUGAGAUUAGUACUGGCAUAGGGGAUAAAGAGAUAAUGCAAAAGGCAGCAGGGGGAGAAUCUUCUGCAAUGGGAUGGUUGAAUAAUUACAACUCUCAUCCUAAUGGUAGAAUUUGGAUAUUAUGGAAUAAAUCAGUUUUGAGGGUGAUUGAAGUAAUACAAACAGACCAAUUACUACAUGUUGAAGUAUGCUCUGCAGUUGGGGAUGUUAAAUUUUUGUGCACAAUUGUCUAUGCUUUUAAUACUUUUGAUGGUAGAGUAGCACUUUGGGAUCAAGUUAGAGCUCUAGACGUUGAAAAUGUGCCAUCGAUAAUUUCUGGAGAUUUUAAUACAACUCUAAAUUAUGGUGAAAGGGUGAAGCCUAGUGGAGUUGUUUGGGAAGAUACCUCUGAUCUCAAGGAUUUUGUCAGUAGAAUGGAGGUUUUUGAUUUGCAAUUUUCAGGUGCUUUCUUCACUUGGAGUAAUAAGCAAGGGGAAAAUGAUAGGCUGUGGUGCAAGCUGGACAGGGUAAUGGCUAAUUCAACAUGGGUUAGUGCAUUCCUAAAUACUUCUGUUGUCUUUCUAAAUCCACAAUCCUCAGAUCACUUACCCUCUUUAGUGACUGUGGAUAUAUUGAUGAACGAGAAACCAAGGCCAUUUAGAUUCUGUAAUGCUUGGUCUAAGGAUGAAAACUUCCUUGGUCUGGUUAGGGAAGCUUGGAGUGUGGAUAUUCAGGGAUGCCCUAUGUUUGUUGUAGUGCAGAAAUUGAAAUUGGUAAAACAGAAGAUGAAGCAGCUGCAUAAAAAUAGAUAUGGAAACUUGGAGGGAAGAAUAAAAGAUAUGGCAGCAGAGCUACAAAAUGUUCAAGCUUCCAUACAAAAUGCUUUAUUUGAUGAGACUUUGGCUGCAGAGGAAAAGGAACUUCAACGUGAAUUAACUAAGCUUGAGAGAGCAAAUCUGUCCGUAAUUGCCCAGGCCCAGGGCAGAGUGUUAACUACUGAAGAGUUAGAAGAGUUAUGUAGGCCAUAUACUGCUAAGGAAGUGAAGACUGCCCUAUUUUCAAUUCCUUCUAACAAGUCACCAGGGCCUGAUGGAUUCACUUCAGGGUUCUAUAGAGCAGCUUGGUCAAUAAUUAAAAAUGAUGUCACAGCUGCUGUGUUGGAUUUCUUUGACAGUGGGAAAAUCCUCAAGCAAAUUAAUGCCACCAAUAUUACUAUUGUUCCGAAGGUGAGUUGCCCAAAUGUUGUCAGUGAUUAUAGGCCAAUAGCUUGUUGUAAUGUCAUCUACAAGGGCAGAUUUAUAACGACAAAUCUAUUGAUUUGUCAAGAUCUGGUGAGGAACUAUCAUAGAAGUAGGGGGCCAGCUAGAUGCUUAAUGAAAAUUGAUCUACAAAAAGCAUAUGAUUCAGUGGAUUGGGGUUUUGUUAAUGCAAUGUUAAGAGGGCUAAACUUCCCUGAUAAAUUUAUCAACUGGCUUAUGCUUUGUGUUUCUACUACCAGAUUUUCUGUAUUGAUAAACGAACAACCAAAGGGUUAUUUUCAGGGGCAACGAGGGCUUCGACAAGGUGAUCUAAUCUCGCCUUAUCUAUUUGUGCUAGUGAUGGAAUAUCUCACAAGGCAAUUGAAGGAGUUAGAUAUGCAGGAGAACUUUAAAUAUCAUAGUAAGUGUCAAGUGAUGCAACUUACGCACUUGAUCUUUGCAGAUGACAUUAUGCUUUUUUGUAAGGCUGAUGAGGAGUCCACUGUUUUGAUGAUGCAAAAGUUUGAGGAGUUUGCCCGAGUCUCUGGGUUGGAAGUGAAUAGAAUGAAGAGUCGGGUUUUCUUCAGUGGUGUUAGAGAAGGGCAGAAAGUGGCUUUAAUACAGAAGCUUGGUUUUGUUGAGGGACAGCUUCCAGUUAGAUAUUUGGGGUUGCCAUUGAUUUCAAAAAAGCUGUCUCCUGGGGCAUGUCAACCUAUUAUCGAUAAAAUUCAUCAGAGAAUUGGCUCUUGGGCAACGAAAUUCCUUUCAUAUGCAGGUAGAGUUCAACUAGUCAACUCUGUUUUAUUCCACAUUCAAGUUUUUUGGAGUGGUGCUUUAUUGAUUCCUAAGAAAGUGUUAAAGCAAAUUGAUGUUGCUUGUAGAAAUUUCAUUUGGUGUGGUAAAUGGAAUCAUAAUGCAAUGUCUCUUGUAGCAUGGGAUGAUGUAUGUGUGCCAAGGAAAGAAAGGGGACUAGGGGUGAAGCAAUUGCUGCAUUGGAAUAAGGCAGCAUUAGGCAAAUUGGUUUGGAAUAUAUGUCAACAUCAAGAGUCGCUAUGGGUUAAGUGGGCACAGGUGGUGCUGUUGAGGGGUGAAAAUUUUUGGAAGGUUAAAAUCCCAGCGGAUUGUGCUUGGAGAUGGAGGCAAGUUUUAAAACUUCGUCCUCUACUGAAAAAUAUCAUUUGGAUGCAAGUGGGAGAUGGACGACAAGUUUCACUAUUCUAUGAUUGGUGGGCAGGUGAGUUAAGGUUCUGUGAGUUGAUCUCAAAGGAUGAUAUUGCUGUUUGGGGUCAUGACCUUACAGUUAAUUAUUAGAUGUCAAAAACUAUCUCAACAAGUGGACAAGGCUAUAUGGAAACCUGCAAAG